AUGAAUGACACCAGGGUCACAGGCUUGGUGGAGGUGGCAGCAGAGGAUGCAAUGGCAAGUGUGAGGACAUGGAGCUGCUGGGAUCACACUGUGGCCUGGGCCCCUCCUCUCCUCACGGUGCACCACAGCUCAGGUUCCCUGGUCCAGGCAGCAGUGACUCAGCAGCCACCUGAGAUGUCAGCCAAGGUGGGAGAGACUGGAGACACUGUCAGGAUCACCUGCUCUGGGCUUAGCAGUAGCUAUCCUUAUGCUGGCUGGUAUCAGCAGAAGGUCCCUGGCAGUGGCCCUGUCACUGUGAUCUGUGCUAAUGACAAGAGACCCUCGGACAUCCCUUCGCGAUUCUCUGGAUCCUUGUCCGGCUCCACGAACACGUUAACCAUCACUGGGGUCCAAGCUGAGGACGAGGCCGUCUAUUUCUGUGGUAGUGUUGACGGCAGCAGUGGCAGCUAUGGUCUAUGUCCAGGCAGCAGUAGUGAAUCAUCGUUGGUCUCAGCCAACAUGGGAGACACCACCAGGAUCACCACCUCGGGUGGCGCGACAACUAUGGCUGGUAUCAGCAGCAACUAUGGCUGGUAUCAGCAGAAGGUCCCUGGCACUGCCCCUGUCACUGUGAUCUACAACAGCAACAACAGACCCUCGGACAUCCCUUCGCGAUUCUCUGGAUCCAAGUCCGGCUCCACGGCCACGUUAACCAUCACUGGGGUCCAAGCCGAGGACGAGGCUGUCUAUUUCUGUGGUGCUGCUGACAGCAGCAGUGAUGCUGCCAUUUGGGGAAGGGAUGACCUCCCUGCAGCCCUGUCCCUGUACACUGUGCCUGUGCUCCUCAGUUCCCUGGUCCAGGCAGCAUCCCUGAGUCAGCCAUCCUCAGUGUCAGCCACAGUGGGAGAGUACAUCAAAAUCACCUGCUCUGGGAGUAGCUACAGCAACUAUGGCUGGUACCAGCAGAAGGUCCCUGGCAGUGGCCCUGUCACUGUGAUCUACCAGAAUGACAAGAGACCCUCAGGCAUCCCUUCGCAAUUCUCCGGAUCCGGGUCUGGUUCCUCGAACACGUUAACCAUCACUGGGGUCCAAGCUGAGGAUGAGGCUGUCUAUUUCUGUGGUGGCAGGGACAGCAGUGGUGCUGGUUAUAGUGACAAGGAGAUUUUCAAGUAA